GACAAAAACAUCGUGCUGUCUCCGUUUCGCUUCCUUUUCACGACGAGCUAACCAAAAUGCAGAAGAAACAAAAGGAACCGAUCCAGUCCGUGCAGGUCUUCGGACGCAAAAAAAGCGCAACUGCAGUUGCGUAUUGCAAACGAGGACGCGGAAAUCUCCGUGUAAAUGGACGUCCUUUGGAAUUAGUUGAACCGCGUGUACUUCAAUAUAAACUGCAGGAACCCAUUUUACUGUUGGGCAAAGAAAAAUUUGCAGGAGUUGACAUUAGGGUCAGAGUAAAUGGCGGUGGACACGUUGCACAAAUUUAUGCUAUUCGGCAAGCUAUUUCCAAAGCUUUGGUUGCAUAUUAUCAAAAAUAUGUUGACGAAGCAAGUAAAAAGGAAGUAAAGGAUAUCCUGAUUCAAUAUGACAGAACUCUUCUGGUAGCUGAUCCAAGGCGGUGCGAACCGAAGAAGUUUGGUGGUCCAGGUGCCAGGGCACGGUACCAGAAAUCUUACCGUUAAUUUCACAUUGUACUUUAUUCAUAUUAUUGAAUAAAAAAUUAAAAAACCGAUUCUUUGAA